CACACUCCUCGGAUCCUCCACUGACCCGGUCCACUCUGUAACCGGGUUCGGGUCGACUGGACUCCUCUUCUCUCUCACUUUCUAGGCUGCCUGCUUCUCUCCGGUUCUUGAUGGGUUGCGUCAGCUCGAAGCAGGCCGUAUCGGUGACCCCAGCAAACGAUCACUCGGGUGGGUUUCCUGGGCGGGUCGGGUUGGAGUGCGAGAAGGAAAAGGGGAGCUUCGGGAAGAAGAAAGUGGGUGGCGAUUUGGGGUAUAAUAGGGAGUUGAGUGAGUCGGGGAGGGCGAGUUCGCGGGUUGAUUCGUUAAGUUUUAGGUUGGGGAACCUGAACAAAUACAUUGUUGGAGAGCAAGUUGCCGCUGGAUGGCCGGAAUGGCUUACCGCCGUCGCUGGUGAAGCGAUUCAGGGUUGGGUGCCCCUGCGUCCGGAAGCCUUUGAAAUAUUGGAGAAGAUUGGACAAGGUACGUAUAGCAGUGUGUUCCGAGCACGUGAACUUGAAACUGGGAAAAUUGUUGCUCUGAAAAAGGUUCGAUUUGAUAAUUAUGAUCGUGAGAGUGUUCGCUUUAUGGCGAGAGAGAUAAUGAUUCUUCGUAGGCUUGAUCACCCAAACAUCAUAAAACUGGAAGGUUUGAUAACAUCCCAGUUAUCGGGCAGCGUAUACCUUGUAUUUGAGUACAUGGAACAUGAUAUUACUGGACUUUUGUCUUGCCCUGAUGUGAAGUUCAGCGAGUCACAGAUCAAAUGCUACAUGAAGCAGUUGUUAGCUGGAAUUGAGCACUGUCAUUCACGGGGUGUAAUGCAUCGGGAUAUCAAAGGAUCAAAUCUUUUGGUAAAUAAUGAAGGAAUUCUGAAAGUGGCUGACUUUGGAUUGGCAAACUUCUGUACUUCUGGGCAACGGCAGCCAUUAACCAGUCGUGUUGUAACUUUAUGGUAUCGUCCUCCUGAACUUUUGCUGGGAUCAACUGAUUAUGGAGCAUCUGUGGAUAUUUGGAGUGUUGGUUGUGUGUUUGGGGAACUUCUUUUCGAAAAACCAAUCCUUCAAGGGAGAACAGAGGUUGAACAAUUACAUAAAAUUUUCAAGCUUUGUGGUUCCCCACCCGAGGAAUACUGGAAAAGGUCCAAACUUCCUCAUGCUACCCUAUUCAAACCACAGCAACCUUAUAGUAGUCGUCUUCGGGAGGCCUUUAAGGAUUUGCCAGCAACUGCUGUGAACUUGGUGGAAACUUUCCUUUCUGUGGAGCCAUACAAGCGUGGGAGUGCCUCCUCUGCUCUUGCAUCCGAGUAUUUCACGACAAAGCCUUAUGCAUGUGAUCCCUCAAGCUUGCCAAAAUACCCAGCCAGCAAGGAGAUUGAUGCGAAAAACCGUGAGGAGGCAAAUAGGAAAAGGAUCAGUGGUAGAGUUCGUGGCCCUGAAACAAGAAAGCCAACAAGAAAAUCUUAUGGAUCCAUUAAAUUGGCACCAGCUGAGAAUGUGGCAGGUCAGGUGCUAGAUACAAAACAGAUUAACCGUACUAAGGUAGAUAUCACAAAAGGAGAUGUCUUCUUACGUAGGGAGGUGCGAAAGCCAUCUUGUGAUAAAUUGGAAGAGGUAACCCAUGCUAAAAAUGCGUCUCAAGGAGAUGUUCCAUUUUCAGGCCCAUUACAAGUUUCCACAUCUAGUGGCUUUGCAUGGGCAAGAAGGCGAAGAGACGAAGUAUCUGUGAGAUCCCACAGCAGAUCUAUUUCUAGAGGUCACAUAAGUAACACAUUAGAUCCUUCUGCCGCAUCAAAUGAAAAAAAUGGUUUUGACUCAAAGAGGCGCGAGAAUGCUGAUGUUAUAUAUGGGUCCCGCACCAACUCAAGAGACCGUGAUUCUUACGAGGCUACCAAGCGUGCUUUGCUUAAGCAGUGGAGCGAAUUUGAGCGUCCAGACUCCUUUGAUGCUUCUGAUGGAUACCACUCUCAGGAACUAUCGUUGGCGCUAUAUCAGAAAGAGGAAAUGGCAUCAAAAAGAGGUUACUCGAAUUUUCAAGAUCAAGGGGACAAGGUUGAAUUUUCAGGUCCCUUGUUAUCUCAAUCACAUAGAGUUGAUGAACUCUUAGAAAGACAUGAGCGUCACAUUCGUCAGACAGUUAGAAAGUCAUGGUUCCAAAAAGGUAAGAAACAAGGAAGGUAAUUGUCAGAUAUAUCAGUCCUUUUCAGGGCAGUCGGAAUACUGUCCAAUGGAUCGAGGAGAGACAAUCUCAGACUAGUUAGGUGUAGAUCAAGCUAGAAGAGCAAGAGCAUCAUUGGACCGACAACCGAACAUUAAGAAUUCUACUCGAAUUCUGGAAGAUAGAAUCGUUAUGGUCUCUCUUACAAAGCCAUUUGGGCUGGAGAAUGAUUUGGUUAGGGUUUUCCAAAGAAAAUCAGAUGAACAUAAGGGAGGAGAUAUAUUUUGAUGAAACAGCAAUAUAAUCCAAUCGAGAAAGCCACAAAGAAAGAAAGAGAGAAGAAUAGGGCAUCGAGGGCUGGCGACGGGUCUCUCCUCUGGAGCAAUGGCCUUUCAGUUUAACUUUGUCGUCUUAAACUCCCCUUCAAUUCUCUUUUAGUUUCUGGUGAAUUGCUGCAUCACUUUCAGCAAUGAAUGGUAGUAGAUGUUCAUUGUUUAAAAGGCUUGGAACAUCGUUCUCCUCUCUUUUUGUGUGGCUUUUACGUUUGAGAUCUCUUGCUCUCUCUUUGAUUCUGUAAACUGUGUUAAAGCUCCAUUCUUAAAAGCUCCAUGACAGAACAGUUAGAGAGCGAUAAUACAAAUCCCAUUCUUUUGUUCCAAGUAAAAGGAAGAUCGAUGGACUUGAAUCCAA